CAGUUGUCAGUUUCCAGCGCUGGCAGCAGUGUAGUAGCAGCAGAAGUGUAAUCCUACAGACAUGCGCUUCUCAAUCGUCUCCCUCCUCUCUGCCUGCUGGAUCGCAUAUGCAUCCAUCGCACUCGCAGCACCUACAAAGAACCAAGUAGCACGUCCAAAGUCCCAAUGGCCCAGCUACGUCGUCACCUUUGAAGACAAGAUCGCAACCACCACGGUCGAUGAGAUCAGAACCCUGCUGCGCUCAGUUGGCGCAGAAAUCACACACGAGUACAAGCUGCUCUUUAACGGCUUCAGUGUGGUUGCGCCUGAAGAGACCAUGGAAGAGAUCAAGCAGAAGCACGCUUAUGUCUCAGUUGAGCGAGACCAGGUGAUUUCAGUGUCGCCCAAGGUUGGCAGUGGCACCGCCUAGUCGACAGCAAGUACCCACUACCUGUACUUCGUCUAGCGCCAUCUGCCUCUCUUGAUAAUGAUGAUGAACGUCCCAUAGCAAGCUCUGCCCUUUAUUCCAUCUCUCUG